AUGGAUAAUAAUACGGUGGAUGCCUCUAAGGCAACCAUCCUUCUUAUGGGAUUGAGACGUGGUGGUAAGUCCUCCAUCUGUAAGGUUGUUUUUCAUAAUAUGCAACCAUUGGACACAUUAUAUUUGGAAUCAACCACCAGUCCAACUCAAGAGCAUUUCUCUACGCUAAUUGAUCUUGCAGUUAUGGAAUUACCAGGACAAUUGAACUAUUUUGAACCAAACUACGAGAGUGAGCAACUGUUCAAGAGUGUCGGCGCUCUAGUGUACGUUAUCGAUUCACAAGAUGAAUAUUUGAAUGCAUUGACAAACCUCGCGAUGAUUAUCGAAUACGCUAAAAACGUAAAUCCAUACUUAAACAUUGAAGUUCUAAUUCAUAAAGUAGAUGGUCUUACUGAAGAUUUCAAAAUGGACAUACAAAGAGAUAUAAUGCAAAGGAUUGGUGAUGAGUUACUGGACCUUGGCAUCGAAGGUAUCCAGCUUUCAUUUUAUUUGACGUCAAUUUUUGAUCAUUCAAUAUACGAGGCAUUUAGUCGUAUCGUGCAAAAGUUGAUUCCAGAGUUACCUUUCUUAGAAAAUAUGCUAGAUAAUCUUGUUCAGCAUUCCAAGCUCGAAAAAUGCUUUUUGUUGGAUAUAAACUCUAAGAUAUAUGUAUCGACAGAUUCUUCGCCGGUGGAUAUCCAGACUUAUGAAGUAUGUGCAGAAUUCGUUGAUGUUACCAUCGAUUUACAAGACUUAUACAAAGGUAAGCUGCAGAAUUCCAAUAAUAAAGAUGGCACAGACAUGAAAAGUGUAUCGGUACUCAAUAAUGGCGUUGUCAUAUAUUUGAAGCAGAUGAUCAGAGGUUUAGCAUUAGUAACGUUAAUGAGACCUGAUGAUACUGAUAUAGAAGCAAGACUAACAGUCAUGGAUUACAAUGUAGAUAUUUUCAAGAGGGGUCUUGAAAAAAUAUGGGAAAAAUCAAAGCUCAUCUCCAAUUCUCAGGACAAUGACGAUAACAAAGACAAUUGUGAGCAUGUUGCACCGAUGACAAACGGUAAUGCGUCUGCGACGUAUUAG